AUGGAGGAGCAUCAUCAUCAAAGAAACACCCACAUGAAUCAAUCGCCACCACCACCGCCGCCGCACCAGCAUUUGCCUAACGGAUUUCCGUACGGGUUGUUAUCUCCGGCGGUUUUGAACGAUACCCACCUGAUGCCUGUUAAUCUUCCGUCGUCGAUUGACGUUGAUCAGACCCUGUCCAAUGCUAUAUCCUCCCUCAAUCUCUCACAGAGGGACCGCUGGACGUUCCUGCCGCACACUCUCGACAACGAACACGGCGGCGUUGGUUCUCCGAUCGGCGGCGAGGGUUUUAUUAUUACCCCUUUUCGUAGUAACAGCAGUUCCGUUAGCUUAGAGGAAAGUUUGAGGGUUUCAAACGCCGAUUAUCAACGGACUUAUUUCGGUGUGGCUCAUCCUAACCCCCUUCCGAUAGACCAUCUUCCUCCUCAUCAGCAUUAUCCAUGUCCUCUGCAAAUAAGCUAUAACAGAGAAUUUCUUCAAGGCUCAUGUUCUUCUGGGUUUGACCCACGGUUUGACUUUGACCAAAGGUCUUACUUGCUCUCCAAGCAACGAUUGUACUCUACACAACAGCUCAAUUCCUAUCAUAAUCGUUGUUCAUUAACCCCUGCUGUUGGAACCCUUGAUCAAUCUCUUCUUGGCAGCUCGAAUUUUUUCAUGUCUCGGGAUAAUAUUUGCCAUAGUAACAAUCAUAGUUGUGAUGGGAUGUCAGAUAAAUUGCAAAAUCAACAGUUUUUGAGUCUCUUGCCUUUGAAAGAAUUAAGGGGAAUGGUUUAUUUUCUGGCCAAGGAUCAAAAUGGGUGUAGAAUACUUCAAUCCAAGUUUGAAAACCCAACAAAAGACGAGAUUGACCUUGUUUUAUCUGAGGUGGUGGGCUCAAUUGCUGAUUUGAUGAAGGAUCAGUUUGGAAAUUAUUUAAUUCAGAAGCUUGUUUCUGUGUGUAAUGAUGAUCAGAAGACAGUGAUACUUCGUGAGUUGACUGAGGGAUCCAUUGAGAUCAUUCUUGUCUCCGUGAGUCCAUAUGGGACAAGGGCAAUUCAAAAAUUGUUGGAGAACUUGAAAGACCCAAAUCAGAUUAUGAUGGUAAUCAGGGCUUUACAUUGUGGGGCUGCUAAAUUGGCCAAUGAUCCAAAUGGUCACCAUGUUCUUCAGUACUGUUUGCUUCAUUUUGAUAGUGAUUUCAAUCAGCUUAUUCUGGAUGAAAUUGCGGAUAAUUGCUUCAAAGUUGCAACAGAUAGAAGCGGCUGCUGUGUACUGCAGGCAUGUGUGGAGCAUUCUCGUGGCAAAGCAAGAAACCGUCUGAUUGCUGAGAUCAUGGCCAAUGCAAUUCACAUAGCAGAAGAUCCUUUCGGCAACUAUGUGCUGCAACACAUGGUGGGACUAAAGUUACCAGACUUAACCCAACUGCUUGUGAGACAACUUCAAGGCAAUUUUGCAUCUCUUUCACGAAACAAAUACGCUAGUAAUGUUGUGGAGAAAUGUUUGAUUGAAUCGGGACCAGAAAUAUCCACAAACAUCAUUCUUGAGUUGGUUGGAAGCCCAAAUCCCUCAUUGCUUCUCGUAGAUCCAUAUGGGAAUUUCGUCAUCCAGUCUGCACUAAAGGUUUCAAAGACUUUGUGCACAGGGGUUUGCACACGAGUGUCUGCGGAAGCUGAUUUCAAGAAACGUAACGGCAAUGCAAAGCAAUUUGUAUGGUAA